AUGGCGGCUCUUCAAAAUGGCGCGGCGAAUGGCGCAGCAAACGGAGAUGCUUUAAAGGCUCCUACUAGCACCCGAUUCUCCGAAAUCCCCUCCGCCAUCGAUAUCCCUGUCCAGGGCGACCAGGAAGACGAAGCGGUCGAAAUCGAUCUGGAAGAUCUUGUUGAUGAUCCCACCGAGCUGUGUACUCUAUUCGAAAACGAGCAUGCGGCAAAGACAUAUUGGAUGACCGUCGCGUUGGCGUAUGCGAAGCAACGGAAAAUCGACCACGCCAUCGAGAUGCUGAUUCGAGGCGGCAACGCCAUACAGAGCGGCAACCCACGCGAUAAAGUUAGCAUGAUUUGCUGUCUCUGUUGGAUGUACUUGUGGAAAAGUCGAGAAGCUCCUCGUGUUGCGCCUGACGGUGUUCAUGUAUCAGAAGCCAAGACGAAGGAGUACUACCUCCAGCUUGCAACGUCAUCCCUGAAUGACGCUGCACGUCUCAACCCAUCCUUCCCACCCAUCUUCCUUGCUCGUGGAGUUUUGCUUCUGCUCAGAGCUUCCUUGCAAGGCCCAUCAAAGACAGCUGGAGGCCUAGGGACGGAGAAGAGCGAGCUUCUCAAGAACGCUGCCAAGGCCUUUGAUGACGCCCUCCGAGUCUCUCAGGGCAAGAACAUGCUGGCCCUGAUGGGAAAGGCUCGCACCCUGUUCUCCAUGCACAAGUACCCCGAGGCAUUGUCUACAUACCAAGACGUUCUUCAGAAGAGACCUGACUUGGUGGAUCCUGAUCCUCGUAUCGGCAUUGGUUGUUGUUUCUGGCAACUUGGGUUUAAAGAGGACGCAAAAGUAGCCUGGGAGAGAUGUCUAGAAAUCAACCCCGACUCCAAGGUUCCUAACAUUCUCCUUGGUCUCUACUACCUCGACGCUAGCGGUCACGUUCCAGUCAACAGCGACGAGUUCCUCAAGCUUUACAAAACGGCCAUGAUUGAAUACACUCAAAAAUCAUUCAAACUCGAUAAGGAGGUCCCUAUCACCUGCUCCACCUUUGCAGGUUACUUCCUGUCUCGAAAGGCGUGGGAUAACGCAGACAAGUUGGCUCACAAGGCUAUUCAAUACACUGAUGUCAACGCCGUUGCCAGUGACGGAUGGUAUCUGCUCGCGAGAAAAGCUCACUACAAUGGUGAUUUAGAGCGUGCUAGCGACUACUAUCGUCGCGCCGACGAUGCUCGUGGAGGUACCGAGACUGGCUAUCUCCCAGCUAAGUUUGGUGUUGCACAACUGUCUGUCAUGAAGAAUGACCUGGGAGAGGCCAAGCUGAGACUGGAAAAAAUCAUCCAGCAGUCUAAAAACCACGAAGCCAUGAUUCUCCUGGGGACCAUUUAUGCGGAGGAAAUAUUCACUAGCCAGAACAGUGACAGCAAGGAAGAUAGGUCUGCGGAAAUGAAGAAGGCAAUUGCUUUGCUAGAGGGUGUCAGGAAUUCUUGGAAGGAUCCAAAGAAGGCCCUAUCACCUGACGCUUCCGUCCUCCUAAACUUGGCCCGACUAUAUGAAACGGAGAACCCUGAAAAGGCCUUGCAGUGCCUGCAGCAAGUUGAGCAGCUGGAACUCGAGCAAAUCCCAGAGUCAGAAAGGCCAACGGAUGUCCCCGAGGCUGAUCUUCAGGCGGCUCUUCGCAAGUUUCUUCCACCUCAGCUUCUGAACAACAUUGGUUGCUUUCACUCUCAGGCGGAGAAGCACGAUCUAGCCAGCGAGCUGUUCGAGGCUGCUCUAGGUGCGUGCAUGAGGGCUGGUGAGAAGGAUCCCACAAUGGACACCGAUGCCUUGGUGACUACCAUUAGCUUCAACCUGGGCCGAAGCUAUGAGGCUCGUGGGCUGACGGACAAGGCUGUCGAGGUGUACGAGGGCUUGCUUAACCGUCACGACGAUUAUACCGAUGCACGCACACGGCUUGCGUACAUUAAACUCAGGAAAAACCCAAACAAGGAAGGACCCGACGCUGUGGCAAAGUUAUACCAAGAGAAUACAGCCGAUCUGGAAGUUCGAGCUCUCUAUGGAUGGUAUCUCGGAAAGGUCCACUCCAGAAAGCGCCCUGCCAAUAUUACCGAGGAUCACGAAUUUCGUCAUUACAAGCAUACGCUACAAAACUACGACAAGCAUGAUAGGUAUGCCUUGGUCGGAAUGGGUAAUCUAUAUCUCCUGCAGGCAAGAGAAAUGCGACGUGAAACAGACUCAGACAAGCAGAAGAGAAGUGCAACGUAUUGCAAGGCCGUUGAGUUUUUCGAGAAAGCUCUGUCACUCGACCCGAAGAACGCGUAUGCAGCUCAGGGCAUUGCAAUCGCUCUUGUGGAGGACAAGAGAGACUACAAAACGGCUCUCACCAUUUUCAACAAAGUUCGAGACACUGUCAAGGAUUCUCAUCUAUACGUAAACUUGGGUCACAUCUUUGCUGAGCUGAAGCAAUUCUCCAAGGCCAUUGAGCAUUACGAGAUUGCUCUAUCUAAAGAUGGCAAAUCAAAUGAUCCAGUUAUCCUCUCAUGUCUUGGCCGCACUUGGCUAAACCGAGGAAGGGUAGAUCGAGAUGUGGACUCGUACAUUAAAGCCCUUGAAUGUGCCAAAAAGGCACUUGAAGUGGCUCCGGAUCAAAUACAUUAUCAGUUCAACGUUGCCUUUGUUCAGAUCCAGCUUGUGACAACAAUUCAAGGCCUGCCUGAGAACAGACGGACGGCUGAGCAGCUGGAAGAGGCAUCUGAGGGUCUCGAAGCCGCCAUUGAGUCGCUAGAUAAGAUUGCUGCUCAUCCCCAAACGCCUUAUCCCAAGCACGAUGUCGAACAGCGUGCUAACAUGGCCCGCAACACGCUCCGCAAGCAGCUUGAGAGAGCGCUUGGAAAGCAGAAGGAGUGGGAGGAGAAGAAUAAAGAGAAGAUCUCGGCCGCCAAAGAACAGCGAGAGGCCGAGAUGAAGAAGCGUGAAGAAGAGCGGCAAGCAGUUCUAGAGAAGGAGCGAGAGCGACAAGAGAAGAUCAGGAAAGAACGUGAGGCCAUUGCCGCGCGCGAUAGGCUCCAGGCAGAACAACGAGCUGAGGAGGAACGAGCACGACAAGAGGCGGAGAUGACUACGGAUGAAGAGACUGGCGAAAAGAUUAAACGAAAACGCAAGCCAGCACCACGCGCCCCUGCUGGCGAGGGCAAGCCGAAGAGGUCAUCGAAGAAGAAGAAGGCCGAUGCGGAUGAGGAUGAGGGCUCUGAGGAAGAGAACCACACCAAAAAGAGACGCCGCCUUACUAAGCGGGAGUCUUCCAAGUUCAAGUCGGCUGAAAUUGUGGUUGAUUCCGACGAGGAGGCCAACGAGGAUUACGAUGACGAUGCUCUCGAGCGCGCCGAGAGGAACCUGGACAGAGACGAGACGCCUCUCUCCGAAGCCGACGAAGAGACUGCCGAAAAGAUGGACGUUGAUGACGAGGACAAGGGCCGCGGCGAAGGAGACGACGAUGAGGAUGUUGAUGCUCCCCGAAGCCAAGCCAAGAGGAGUCGCAGAGGCCGUGUGAUUGCGGAGAGCGAUGAGGAAGACGAAGACGCGGAGCCUAGCAGUGCUAAAUUAGAUGAUGGCGCUGCGGCCGCGGAUGAGGAUGACGAAUAA